AUGGUACCCAGUACAAUCACCGGUAAGAUCGUUGGUGGUGUAUGUUCUCUGAGUGGAGUCUUGGUCAUUGCCCUACCUGUGCCUGUGAUUGUGUCCAACUUUAGUCGCAUCUAUCACCAGAACCAAAGAGCUGACAAACGCAAAGCACAGAAGAAAAGUUUGCAUAAGAGACCUCAACUGGUAAUGACCUGGUACAAACACUAUCUUGCUCAGCAAAGCAAAGAUGAUGAGAAAGCCAGACUGGCUCGUAUUCGGAUGGCUAAAAAUGCUAGUGGUGCCGCUUUUAUUACAAGUAAGAAACGGGCUGAAGAAGUUGUCUUGGCUAGAGAAAGUGGACUUGAAGUUGAUGAUUAUAAGGAAGAUAUUUUUGAACUUCAGCACCACCAUCUACUGACCUGUCUAGAAAAGACCACAGACAGGGAAUUUAUGGAAAUGGACAUGACUUUUAAUGUUCCUCCAAAUAAGCCUUCAGAGACACCCCCACCUUCCCCUGAUCCGUCUCUAGCUUCUUUGGAACGCAGGAGAAUGACUGGAUGCUGCACCUGCCGGUUUUCUCCUCAGCGUAGAUUCCUGACGCGAUCAUCAGGCCACGAGUCGGAACAGGAAGAAUUGAACGAUGUCCAGAUACGCCUGCCCACUAUUAACCGAACAUCCCGAUCAAGUCUCAAUGCUAUUGGUAGUACCAACAGUAAAUCAAAUAACACAGUCACUGUGACCACCGCCAUUGUUACUCUUCCGACUUCUAGCACUACAUCUGAAGCAGAGUCAUUGAGAACUCAUAACACUAGUGGUGGGACCAUGUCUCCCCAGCUAGAGGCUCAAAACCCUAACAUUGUUAAAAUAUCUACAUUAUAA